CCUUGUAAAAGGGUGAUAGAAACUUCUACGGGCUAAUCGAUGAUAUAUAAUUUUGGAAACUGAUAAGACAAUUGAAGUUACAGAGGCUGUUCCCUUUGACUUGUGCCAUUUCUUAUCUGAAUAAACUUCUAUUCAUGCCCCUCUUCACGUUCCAUUCUUCACUAUCCUUCUACUUCAUACCUUCCUCACAAUCCCACUGAAGAAACCAACCCCAGAGAAACAGAUCCAUGGGUAGAGCUCCUUGCUGUGACAAGGCAAAUGUAAAGAAAGGGCCAUGGUCACCAGAAGAAGAUGCAAAGCUAAAGGACUACAUAGAGCAACAUGGCACCGGAGGGAAUUGGAUUGCCCUCCCCCAAAAAGUUGGUUUGAAAAGAUGUGGCAAGAGCUGUCGAUUAAGGUGGCUUAAUUAUCUUAGACCCAACAUCAAGCAUGGUCAAUUUUCUGUUGAAGAAGACAAAAUAAUCUGUAGCCUCUUUGCUAGCAUUGGAAGCAGGUGGUCCAUAAUAGCAUCUCAGCUGCCAGGGAGGACUGACAAUGAUAUCAAGAACUACUGGAACACCAAGCUUAAGAAGAAAAUGACGGCCAUGAAUCCUUCUCCCCAGAAGAAGCCUCUUCAAAUUACCCUUUUAUCCAUCCUUGAAAGCUCAACACCUUCUUCAUCAUCGUUGUCAUUCAGAGACAACAGCAGCAACAACAACUCAUACUACCAUCCCCACGGUUCUUUCACAGGCGUCGGGUCCUUUUCCUACUCUUCAUGUCUUCUGAGUGGAAACAGCUCUUCUGCUUCUGCUGAUUCCUUCUUUCAAGCACAAGAGAGUUUCAUGGACCCCACCCAGAAGGGCCAAUUCAAAGAUAGCAGCAGCAAUAGCAUGCUUGUGUUCGGUGGUGAAGCCACAGCCACCAGUUGCAGCUCUUCUGAUGCGAGCUGCAACAACCAGAUCAGACAAAUCAUGGAGUCAGAAUUUGGCGAGGCGAGCUUUGUGGAGCAGAUAUGUGUUGCUGAUAAUCCCCUCUACAUUGGGGUGGAAAAUACUACUAACAAGUUGAUGAUGUUCUCCAGUGGUGGCAGUGCUAGUGUCAGUGGGUGGACAGACAAACAAAAUGGAUUGUGGGAACAAAAUCCGUUGGAUUAUGGUAUAGAGGAAAUUAAACAGCUAAUUAGCACUAAUAACAGUUUUAACAACUUUUUGUUUGAUGAUAAGAAGACAGAAGAAAGGGUCACGUAUUACUGAUGCUGACUCCGGUUAGAAAUUAAGAACAUCUCAGACUUGUGACUUGGACUGAGCUUGUUUGUGCCCUUGUGGGGUGGGCUUUUAGUUUUUACUAUCUAGUAUUGAAUAUAACCACUUUCUUUGUUUCAAA